AUGGCAUCACCAUCCGAAAAAAUACCCUCUACAUGCCCCUCCACCUCCACCUCCUCCCCUUCCUCCUCCUCCUCUUUCGCAAGCUGCUCACUUAAACCCUCCUCCAAACCCUCCCAACUUCUCAUCCUCAGACUCUCCCCUUCGCUCCUCUCCCGUUUCCCUAGUUCGACACCCCCAGACCCCAUCUCCGCCGCAGAAGAUAAAAAUUCAAAGUCUUCCUCAUUCUCUUCCCCGUCCAACACAGUCACCGCUGCUGCUGCUGGCACUACAACCAACACCGCACCUGUACCAGCAGACAACGCUUCAGACGCUGCAUCAGCAUCUACUCCCACCCCGCAAUCCGAUGCGCAGAAACGCAAAGGUGUCCCCGGACCCAAACCGGGGACCAAGAGGGGACUAGGUCAGGGUGUUGGAGGUGAUACCAAUAGUAAUAAUAAUACGACGAUGACUCCAAAACCGAGAGGGAAGCCUGGGCCGAAGAAGAAAGCGAGAUUAGACGACGGCUCCAUUGACCCCACCACCAACAACCCUGCCAACACAGGCAACACUGGCCCAGGCACCGCAAACACUUCUUCCGGCUCCGGCGGUCCAACGCACACCCCAACAUCCCACCACAAACUGGGCCCCAAAGCCAACCAGGGUGCUAUCAACGCAGGUCUCCGUGCGCUGGAUCGCACGGGGAAGCCCUGUCGGAAAUGGGAGAGGAAGACGUUUAUGCUUAAGAGCUUUACGGGGGUUGUGUGGCAGGUUCCUACGUGGAGUGCCCCGCCUAAGGUUGUUGUUCUUGAGGGUGGUGAGGAGCAGAUGGGAGAGAAGGGUAAGGGGGAUGUGGAUGUGGAGAUGGGUGGGUGUGGGAGCAGGAGUGGUGGGGAUGCGAAGAAGGGCAAAGAUGGAGGCGCUGACGACGGUGGGAAGAAGAAGGAUGGGAAUGGCAGUGGGAGCGGGAGCGGGAGUGGGAGCGGGAGCGGGAGUGGGAGUGGGAGUGCUGGGGGCAGUGAGAAGAGUGAUAAUAAUACUGUGGGUGAGGGGGAUGGGAUGAGUGCGACGACACCGGCGCAGUCGGGUACGGGGAGUUCUCCUGCUCCUGUUUCUGCGAGUGUUAGUGUUCCUGCGGCUGCUUCUGCACCCGCUCCCGCUCCAGCGCCUGCUCCUUCCACGCCAGCUGCUUCGACUGUUGCUGUUGCGUCUUGA